AGCGAAUUUUUUUUCUGAUACUUUUUCUUUUCCUUCUUCCAUCGCAAAGAAACGGAAGAACUACCUCCCUUUUUCCUUUUCUUUUUUUAAUUUCGACAAGUCAGACAUCCUAUCGUCGCAAUCAUGGUUCCUGCUCCAGCAAAGAAGAACAUAGUCACUAUUGGUGCAUCCUCGGCAGGUUCGGUCAUUACUUGUUUUUAUAUGCAGGAACAGCAACAACAUCUAGAAAUAACACAGGAACAACAGCAUAAGCUCACUCAUGCAUACCAAAAAAAUGCAUCUGUUGUUUAGUCCAAGGAAUGGCUAUUGAGUGGAACGAAAAGGCGCCGUCCACCCACCGCCUGAUUAUGAUUGAAUUGAAGACCCAUUUCAACUAUGUGUUUGCCUUCCCUCGUGCAUCCGUAAAGUCUGGCUUUGAACGGGAGUUAUUUAUUCCGUAUGACCGUGUUUUCAAGGGCAAUGAUCAAAUCGGCAAAGUCGUAAAUGCUCGCGUCGUGGCCGUUCACGAGCACCAUGUUGAAUUGGACCGUGAUGUUCCUGAGUUUGGUCGCCGUAUCGAUUUCGAAUAUCUUAUUUAUGCUGCCGGUACCAAGAUCCCGCAACCCGGCCGUCUUGACUGCAUUACCAAACAGGAAGGUAUUGCAUUGCUAAAGAAAUACCAAGCUGUCAUCAAGGAAUCCAAGCGACCUAUCAUUAUUGGCGCCGGUGCUGUUGGUCUUGAAAUGGCUGCCGAAAUCAAAGAACAAUAUCCAGACAAGCAUGUGACCUUGAUGCAUUCCCGAACCCGAUACAUGCCGAAAUACAAGACAAGCGUUGACGUAAUGACAUACAAUAUUUUGAAAAAGCACGGCGUAAAACAAGUUCUCGGUGAUCGUGUAGUCUUACCUAAAAACGGAUUCCCACUUGAAGUGAAGCCCGUCGAAGUACAUACCCAGGGUGGUAAAGUGAUAGAGGGUGAUCUUGCUAUCAUGUGCAUUGGAAUGAAACCCAAUACGGAGCUGCUGGCACAGCUUUCACCUGAAGCUAUUAACAAAAAGACUGGCUUUGUGAACGUGAAAAAGACCAUGCAGAUUGAUGACGAUCGCUUCCCACACAUCUUUGCUGCUGGCGACGUUGUCGAGCAUACUGAUGUCAAGACUGGCCAUUUUGCCUGGAUGCAAGGAUUAGCGAUCUUGACAAAUCUCUUAAAGCUAAUUGACGGUGCCUCGUAUGAUGAUUUGGAGCCAUACAAGAGCAAGGAUGUGGCUCUUAUCAAACUUAUCCUGGGUGAAAGAGAAGCAGUUUUGCAGACUAAUGCAUUCGGACCCUUGAUCGCACUUGGAUCGUGGAUCGCCGGUCGCUCAACGCCUCACAACGUCUAUGCCGAAUUUGGAUGGAAUUUGUUGGGAACACCAUACGAGGAGAAGAAUUUAGAUCUCUAAAUCUUGUCCGGAUAAGUUAGUACUUGUCCUUAUAUAUAUAUAUAUCCUUACACCUGCUUCAUCCUGCUUUAAGCUUCUUAAAUUGCCUUCCUUGCUAUUCCUUGUAUCUAUAAUAUAUAACUUGUUGCUGUCAUGAAUAAAACCUAUAUCGUCC